AUGAUCUCAACGGCAUCCAGCACGGCUGAGAUGGUGACACAAGGUAAACUUCAGAUCAACACCGUGGAAAAUGUUGAAGAUAAACACUCAAGCAGACUGGGAUGCUGUGGUUGGCUGUUGGUCCUCAUAUCCCUCCUCUUUGUAGUAGCGACCUUCCCUAUUUCCAUAUUAAUGUGUGUCAAGAUAGUGAAGGAGUACGAGCGAGCUGUUAUCUUUAGACUGGGCCGGAUCACAGACAGGAAACCUAAAGGGCCAGGACUUUUCUUUGUUCUGCCCUGCACUGAUACCUUUGUGAAGGUCGAUCUGAGAACUAUCUCCUUUGACAUCCCUCCACAAGAGAUCCUAACCAAAGACUCGGUGACAGUGUCUGUGGAUGGUGUCGUGUACUUUCGCAUACACUGCCCCAUCUCAGCUGUGGCCAAUGUGUCAAACGCACACUCAUCCACACGGCUGCUGGCUCAAACCACCCUGAGGAAUGUGCUCGGGACCAAGAACCUGUCAGAACUUCUAUCAGACAGAGAGGGCAUAUCACACAGUAUGCAGGAAUCCCUGGAUGACGCGACUGACCCGUGGGGCAUUAAGGUGGAACGCGUGGAGAUCAAGGAUGUGAAGUUGCCUCAGCAGCUGCAGAGAGCCAUGGCAGCAGAGGCAGAAGCCAGUCGGGAGGCCAGAGCAAAGUUCAUCGCUGCUGAGGGGGAGAUGCAGGCCUCCAGGGCUCUGAAAGAAGCAUCUCUGGUAAUUGCUGAGUCACCCUCUGCUCUCCAGCUGCGAUACCUGCAGAGCCUCACCUCCAUCGCAGCAGAGAAGAACUCUACCAUCAUCUUCCCUAUGCCCAUAGAUCUGUUGCAGGGUUUUAUGCAUAGGAAGUAACAGCUUGUUGUUAUUGUUACUGUUAAAAACUUCAGUGUUUCCCCUUUUAGACACUGUAUGCUCCAAGCAGCCUAGUGUAUUUACUUCUUAACUGCACUCUGCACUGCAUAAUCACUUCUUAUAGAAAGUUUUCUAUUUUUACUACGACAAAAUAAAAGCUUUAUGUCACUUCCAUACAUAUAUUACUGAAUAAAUAUGUAUUUAAAGAUAUAUCCACACCAAAUCUCACUU